CAGUGUCAACAAACACGGCCAAUCAGUCUCGCCCUCUUCUCUUACGGAGACGUGAAUGGGCACUCUAAGUCGUGUUCACGCACACUGCACGCAACGGGUGUAAAUCUCCUCAGGACCCCUUAGCAGCUUAAGGGUUAAACAAUAUGGCAUCACUGCAAGGUGGAUCCUCCCCCAUCCUGGAUGGGUCCACAUAGGAACAUGUCUUGAUGCGUCGCUGGGGGCCUCCUUCCGUCACUGGGGCUGCUGUCCCUCAGUCGCUCACCAAACACGGGAGAGUGAGGCUUACUGCAGGGAUAUAUGACGUAGGGGAUCUCGAGCCCUGGUCCUCAACAAUGGCGCUCACUCAGGCCGCCCCCAAAAAACGCUAUAGGACUGCUUCACAAGGCUUCUUCAAGUCCUGACUUGAGUACACGGAGUCGCCCAGCAGGCUUCACAACAGAAACGCCUGCUUGCUUCCUUCCUUUUGAAGAAGAACGCAAUUAGAGUUCCACAACGGCUCGACAGACACACACUUCCAGGUCGUUUCUAAUUUAUCAAAAUCAGAGAGAAAUGGUGCACAAAGUCCCCAACAGCUUCCACACACUUGGAAACAAGCAGCCUUCACUCCACCACUAACACAGGGAACUAUAUUCUUCCUUCUUCCAGGAGAAUCGACAAAGUACAACCCGUCUCUGACGACUGCCGUAGCUCAAAUUCAUCUCUGCACCGGAUGUACAAAUGCAGUGCCAGCACACAGUGCCACAUACAGUUCUCGUGUUGCAGAACUACCGUACGUGUUGGGUAACAAAAACAUGUCAGAAGAUACUUUGGUGUUACAUCAAGCAGUGUGAAGCUCCUCUCAAGAGUCCGAGCGUAUUUCACUCAUCAGAUCCUAAUUCAUUAAUGUGCUACAUUGGCACCGCCGAAGUAAAUAUUGACCAGUUCAUCAGAAGUACUUUAUAGCCCUGGUUACUAGUGUAGUUAAGUUUUAUCUUGUAGAACAUGCAAUGUUUCUCACUGGAAACAAACCAUUGUCUAUCUCUAGAUUUUUCAAAUAAAUUUGAUUUUGUAAUACAAGUGAGAGCUCGUUCAGAAGACUUUUGUGGUUAUUUAAUCCUUGAAUGUCUAGAAGGGGCCAUUUAACAUUAAGGCAAAUUUGCUCCAGAAACAGGAAGGCUCUUAGUUGUAAACAAUAUUCAGUAUAUGACAUGUUACAGAUAUCUAUUGAGCACAUGAUUUCAUUGUAGAGAGAAGAAAAUCUUGGUACUCAGUGUGAGAAAUUUUGGAAUGAAAUCAAAUUUAUAAAGAUGUAUCUUCUACUAAAUUAUUUUUAAUUUUAACAUAGUAUUUUAACAUAUUUAGUAAAUAUACAUGUAUCAUACGGAUACUGUACUUAUUUGGUAGUGCAUGUUUCUGGGGCCUUGUUCUAUCCCAUUGUAUAACCUCAAAAUAUUUUCAUAGAUUCAUCAGGGUAUUGUGAUUUGUGCAUGCUCUAUUAAGUUCAGUAAGCAGGUAACAUCAGCCAAACAGCUGUUGUGUAAUACCCAUUUCAUACAUCUAAGAAGAAAUAUGAGUGUUCACUCAGAAGGAAAACUAUAUCAAUGUUCAAUGUGUCUGAAAGACUUCAAACAUAAAUCUUCUCUAGUAUCACAUACGAAAAUUCAUUCUGGACUGAAACCUCAUCGAUGCUCAGUGUGUCAAAAGGACUUUACACGAAAAAAUAAUUUAGUAAGGCACUCGAGAGUUCAUGCAGAAGAGAAGCCUUUUCAGUGUUCCAAGUGUCUAAAAGACUUUAAACAUAAAUCUGUUCUAGAUUCACAUAUGAAAAUUCAUUUAGGAAAGAAACCACAUCAGUGUUCAGUAUGUGAAAGGUGUUUUUUGCAUAAGCAUAAUCUCGUUACACAUUCAAGAAUUCAUACUGGAGAGAGGCCUUAUGAGUGUUCAUUGUGUAAGAAAAACUUUUCAAAUAAAAGUAAUCUAAAAAUACACAUGAGAAUUCAUACUGGAGAGAGACCUUAUCAAUGUUCAGUAUGUCUAAAAGAUUUUUCAGAUCGUUCUACCUUGACUAAACAUAUAGUAAUACACACAGGGAAGAAACGUUACCAUUGUUCAAAGUGUCCAAGAAGCUUUUCAUUUAAAUGUAAUCUAGUAGUGCAUAUGAGAUCUCACACAAUAGAGAAACCAUCUCAGUGUUCAGAGUAUCCAACUGGCCUCUCGGAGAAAUCUAUUGUUGCUAACCAUAAGGAAGUUUCUGCACGUCAAAAACCUUUUCAGUGUCAAGAAUGCUUAAAAGCUUUUUCACAAAAAGGACAUUUAGUAUUACAUGGUAGAACUCAUACAGGAGAGAAACCAUUUAAAUGUGCAGAGUGUCUAAGAAGUUUUUCAUAUAAAAACAACCUAGCAACACAUAUGCGGAUUCAUACAGGAGAAAGACCUUAUCAGUGUUCACAGUGUCCAAAAAACUUUGCAGAUCUAACUUCUCUAAUAAGGCAUAAGAGAGUUCAUACAGGAAAUAAAUCUUGUCAGUCUAAUGGAUGUCCAAAUGGUCUUUUAACAACUACUCAAUAGAUGUGGAAAUAAAUAAAUUUAUGCUAAAGCCUCAAAACAAAUAAAAAAUUGUCUUCCCAGUGAUUGUAGUGUGUUUACAGUGUAAGAAAGGUUGUUUUGUGAGCUGUCACCACAACCCUCCACCCUCAAUUUUGACCUUCCUUAUAUUCUAAUUUGUUAAAUUCUAUUCAAAAUCACUUAGUCAUUUAAAGAUUAAAUUUAAUAGAAUGAUA